UGGAAAACAUAUUUCAAAUUCGUCCUUCAAAUAAUGUCUGGACUGUCCUGCAAAAAUUCGCAUAAAAACGAGAAUAGUUGAGGGCACAAACCUAAAAUCUUUCUCCAAGGUCGGGACGUGCAUGCCGACCAUUUUUUUUGUUGUUUGCUAAAAUAACAUAUGAAUUCAAAAGGUUACUUCACAAGAGUCAAAGAAAUGAAAGAAAAGAAAAGGAAAGGAAAGCGACCAAACAUGAUAAACAUAUCUUGUAUGUGAAGGACACACAAAGCAAAGAACCUAAGAAAAAGAUGCUUCCACUAAAGCUGGUUCGCUCUCUCAUCUUAGGUGAAUCCAUAUCCAUCCACAACAACUCUCACUUUCUAAAUCAAAAUCACCAUCACCAUGAACAACAAGAACAACCCAAUGAAACAACAAGAACCAGAAGAGGAAAAAGAUUCAAAAAAAGACCCGGUCUUUUGUUUCUCCCAACCAAAGAAAUCAUAACAAACACAUAUAGACUUGCCACCAUUGCAAGAGAUUUAGGAAUGGAUUUACACCCAACGCCUUCACUUUCUCACAUCAUCUUCUCCAACCCAUCUUCUACACCAUCAACAUCUUCUUCUUCACCUUCAACACCGUCUACAUCUACUUUCUCUGUCUCUUCAGCUUCUUGUUCUCUUCUCAAUGACGUCGUCCCUAUUCCUUUUCCUUCUUUUGAUACAGCGCCACUCACCCACCUCCGAUAUUUCGUCACGCUCUUCCCACGCGCUUUCAAGCUUGUUCUUUUUGACUCCGACGGGGAUUCUGACGCUGUUGGGUCUUGCGGCGGUGGAGAUGUCAGUAACUGGGACUGCUCUUCUGUUUCACUGUGUUGUCGGGUUACUGGUAAUCGGGUUGAUACGAUGGAUGGGUUUUGUCGGAUUCUCGCCGGGAAAGGUUGGACCUUUUUCAAAACGAAGCAAAACCCUUCCGGGGAUUUGCGCGGCGGCGGUGUUGUUUAUCUUUUCAGGAAGGUGGAUGUGAACCGGGUUCUUGCGGGUCGGGUUGGAGCACGUGAUGGGGCAUGCAGAGUGAGGGAGGUGAGAUUGCCGUAUUUGGAUUUCGAAAAUGCUCCUCUGAGAAUUUUGCAGUAUAUUUUGUUGAUGACUGAUGACAUAUUCUGUUUAGCAUGAAUCUGAACCAAACUCAAAUGUGGUUUUGACAACAUUCAACUGUUAUUUGGCAAUGGCAGUUGUUGGUGUUGAUUAUCUUUGAAGUUGGGAGGUUUUAGAUGGUGGGAUAGAGGUAGAAUGUUUGCAUUAAUGGAGGGGCCAAAGUGGUUCAUUCUCUAAACGUUGUCAUUUCUUGUGCUGCAUUGGAUUCCUCCUAGGAUGGUGAAGGAAGGAUUUUCCUUGAAGAGAGGAAACUAUGAAGUGCUGAGAUGGACAUAAGACACAAUUAACACAGGUAAUCAUAUGAGAAAUUUGUAGGUGUCGUCUCACUAUGCGCCAGAUUCCAUAUAAACAUGGCUUCAAUUUACUAAUGUGGAGGUGUUAAAUAGAGGGGAAAUGAUGAAAUCUUUUGAUUGAUUGAGGUUUUGCAUUGAAUGCACAUGGUUUGUUUGGCUAAGGAGGCUGGUGAAAGGAAAUGAAGCUGUAUAGGCGUUCUUGUAUCAAUGAUCAUGUUGAAGAUGAUGAUCAAAGAUUCUUCAACUCAUUGGAGGAGGUUGCAGGGGUGCAACUUAAACUUCCUGAUAUUGAUCACUCACAUCCUUUUGAUUCAGAAAGAAGUGGAAAUAUAUGAUUUGUUUAUGUUGAAGUUCGUAGGUAUGAUGUCGGAAUUCGUUUGAAGUCUCAUAUUUCCUAGGUUCUAGGAAUGUUGAAUGGAUAAAUGUCUGAGGGUAACCACAAAUUUUGAAUUAGUUUUUGGGAUCAAGAUCCAAAGUCCAAACAUAUUUUACUUUGUAAAAAUAUAAUUUGUCUUUAUUUUGUAGAUUAUAUAUUUGUUUAUUAUUAUUUUUAGUAAAUCAAAUCACAAAUUUUGGUUUUUUUAAAGGAUUAAAUUCGAAUAAAUCUUAAGGAUAUAUUGUGCGAGA